AAUGGCGUGUUUGGUCCGACCGUUGUCGUGACGUCAUGUGUUUGGUUCGCUGAAGGCUGGGGCAGACUGGUCGCAUGGGCAGCUCAAGAUGAAUUACCUCUCUCUCACGCUCCUCGGGCUCUUCUACCUGCCAUUAUGCACCUGUUCAGAUUAUUGUGAAUAUCCGCUGUUGGACUCCUCGACACUGACAGCCUCCUCUGAACUUGUGACAAGAGAAGCAAAUAAAGCAAGAUUGUAUGAGGAUUUUUCAUGGUCUGCUGCUCAGAACAACUACUAUCAGUAUCUUGAGGUGGCAUUGCCUGAGAGGCAGAAAGUGACUCGUAUAGCAACUCAGGGCAAACAGAAUACGAGGCAGUAUGUGACAGAGUUCAUGAUUCAGUACUCUGAUGAUUGGGAUGUAUGGAGGAUGUACAGGGGGCCCGACGGAGUGUCAAAGGCUUUUCCAGGUAAUAAUGAUGGAAAUACAGUUGUAACAAACUUGUUUGACACGCCUAUUAUUGCACGAUAUAUUCGCAUCAAGCCAACAAGAUGGCGCGAUCGCAUCUCUCUCCGACUGGAAGUGUAUGGUUGCAAAUAUGUAUCAGAAUCGAUAAGUUUUCAUGGGAAUUCCAUGGUUGUGAUGGAUUUCACAAGAGUUCCAAUAACCUCCCUCAGGGACCAUAUCCGCUUUCGGUUUCGCACGACAUUUCCUGAUGCAAUGUUGAUGUACAGUCGAGGAACUCAGGGUGAUUUUUUGGCCCUGCAGCUAGUGCAGAACAGGAUGGUACUUAAUGUCAACCUCGGAUCAAAAUUAUUGACCUCACUGUCUGUGGGUUCAUUGUUAGAUGACAAUGCUUGGCAUGAUGUGGAGAUCAGAAGAGAACAGAGGAAUGUGACGUUUCUGGUUGACCGUGUCCGCAGAGAUGACAUAAUUCUUGGAGACUUCAAAAGAUUAGAUUUAAAUCAAGAGUUUUAUAUUGGUGGUGUACCAAACAUGCAAACUGGCAUGAAGGCUCGUGUCAACUUCACGGGUUGCAUCGAAAACCUCUUCAUAAACGGCACAGCUAUCAUUCCAGAGAUGCGAGAUGCUGAUGAUUACUAUUCAUACUACUACAGUCGUCCAAAAUACACGAAGAUUAAUACUGUAUCAACAUGUCCAUAUGGAGACUCAGCAGAGUUGACCCUCACAUUCCUCAGAAGGGAAGCUCAUCUCCGGUAUCCAGCAUUUGAAGAUCAGCGCUCACUCAAUGUUUCACUAGAUUUCCGGACUUAUGAAGAUAAAGGUGUUCUCAUUUAUCAUAAAUUUUCAACUGUAGGGUAUUUCAAGAUUUUCUUAGAUGAAGGUAAAGUGAAGGUGGAGGUUUCAGCAACAAAUACUCCAGGAAAAGUUUUGCUAGACAACUUUGAUGUAUCAUAUAACGAUGGGCGGUGGCACAAAGUGAUGUUUACCAUCGCAGAGAACAGCAUGGAACUCAGUAUUGACGAUGUGCCCAUGAAGACAGUACGAGUUAUCUCCAUUUUAUCUGGAAAAUAUUUCCUUGUUGGAGGUGGUGUAUAUGGCUCAGAUGGCUUCUUGGGAUGCAUGAGACGAAUCUCAGUGGUUGGGUUUAUGCAGAAACCUCAGGAAGAUGAAAUCAGUGACAGCAAGGGUGUGGUACUAGCUGCGUGCCAAAUCAUGGACCGAUGUGAUCCCAACCCUUGCGAACAUCACGGACGUUGUAAACAGAACUCCCGGGAAUUUUUAUGUGACUGCUCUGGCACCGGCUACUCUGGUGCUGUCUGUCACACCUCUCUCAAUCCAAUAUCUUGUGCUGCAUAUGGUAUACAGAACCCAGGAUCUAAGCGUGCUGAAGUAUAUAUUGAUGUUGAUGGCUCUGGACCUCUUGUGCCUUUCCCUGUCACCUGCGAGUUUUAUAAUGAUGGAAAAAUAUAUUCCUACUUGAGCCACAAACAUGAGAAGAUGACUACUGUUGAUGGAUUUGAGAAAAGGGGAUCAUAUGUACAGAAUAUAAUUUAUGAUGCUGGCAUGGAACAAAUUGAAAUUUUUGUAAAUCGCUCCAGCAAAUGUCGGCAGCGUAUACACUAUGAGUGUCUGAAGGCAAAACUUUUUAAUUCCCCAUCUCCUGAAGACCAAGAUUUCCAGCCUUACACAUGGUGGGUAUCACGCAAUAAUCAGCCAAUGGAUUAUUGGGGUGGAUCGCUGCCAGGAUCACGCAAGUGUGAAUGUGGACUUAUGGGUACCUGCGUCACUGACAAGUGGUGCAAUUGUGAUGCUGGUUUGGAGUCGUGGCUGUUUGACAGUGGGGAGCUAACAGUGAAGGAACACCUUCCUGUACGUCAACUACGAAUAGGUGACACAGGCUCUCCAUUGGAUGGCAAGAAGUCUAGAUACACCCUUGGUCCUCUUAUUUGUGAGGGUGACAAUAUAUUUGACAAUGUGGUAACAUUCCGCAAAGCUGAUGCCACUAUAAACCUUCCCCAAUUUGACAUGGGCCAUUCAGGAGAUAUAUACUUCGAAUUCAAGACCACAUCUCGUGAUGGUUGUCUUAUCAAUGCCAGGGGCCCUACAGAUUAUAUUAAAGUUUCCAUUGUGGGUGGCAUGCAGCUCCAGUUUCAGUAUCAGGCUGGCUCUGGUCCCAUGAGUGUCAGUGUGGAAACAGCCUAUGUGCUCAAUGACAACAUGUGGCACUCGGUAAUAGUAGAGCGAAACCGUAAAGAAGCCCGUAUGAUUGUUGAUGGAGGCCGAAAAGCUGUUAUAAAAGAGCCAUCUGUACCAGUCCGUGCACUACAUCUGGAUUCUGAUUUUGUAGUUGGAGCUACUGUAGAUUACCUUGAUGGUUUUGUUGGAUGUUUCCGAGCCCUUAUCCUCAAUGGGGAACUUCAGGAUUUACGAGGAAGAGCAGAAGCUGGAAUGUAUGGAGUCACUCCAGGGUGUAUCGGCAAGUGCCAGUCUAACCCUUGCCUUAACAAUGGCACGUGUCACGAACGAUAUUCCAAGUAUGAUUGUGACUGCCGAUGGACUGCAUUUAAGGGCCCCAUCUGUGCUGAUGAAAUCGGCAUCAAGAUGUUAACAGACACAAUGGUCAAGUAUGAGAUUCCAGGCACGUACAAGUCCACCAUUGCUGAGAAGAUCCGUGUUGGAUUUACUACAACUAAUCCACGAGGAUUUCUCAUGGGGCUGUACUCAAACAUUACUGGAGAAUAUCUCACACUUGCCAUAUCUAACUCGGGUCAUUUAAGAGUAACUUUUGAUUUUGGAUUUGAGCGGCAUGAAAAGGUUUAUGGGAAGCGAACAUUCCACGAAGGCCAAAACCAUGAUGUGAAGCUCUAUAGAUCAGAAUCUGGUAGAAAACUUACAAUGCAGGUGGACAAUUAUGAGCCCACUUCCUGGACGUUUGAUGUCAAAGGAUCAGCAGAUGCUCAGUUUAACAACAUUCAGUACGUUUAUAUCGGAAAGAAUGAAUCGAUGACGGAAGGAUUUGUUGGAUGCAUAUCACGAGUUGAAUUUGAUGAUAUCUAUCCACUCAAAUUCUAUUUUCAACAAGACCGUCCUACUACAAUUACUGCUGAAUCAACAUCUACGAUCUUCGAGGACUACUGUGGUAUUGAACCCAUCCGAUAUCCAGAGGAAGAAACAGAAACACGGCCACCGCCGGAAGUGUCGGAGGAAGUCCUCAUGGAAUUGUACGCGGACAAUUCGGCAGUCCUUGGCGGAGUGCUUGGAAUCAUUUUUCUUGCAUUGCUGUGCAUGGGGUUCUUAAUUGGACGGUACAUGGCACGACACAAAGGUGACUACCAGACUCACGAGGCAGAUGGUGUGGAAACUGCUCCCAAUGCUGACUGGGCUAUACAGCACUCCACAACUGGUCACCAGGUCAAGAAGAACAUGGAAAUGUACAUAUAACACAGACAGAACUGUUGUCUCGAGAAAAGACACACAAAGAAAAUAUUUAUAUAUACAAAUCAAAAGCGUCAUGAUAUAUCAACACUUGCUAAAGGAUAUAAUAUGCACAGUAUGCUGAAAUUAAUUUUGUUUGGUAAGUUUUUAUAUACCAUAACAUUUAAAUAUUUUAACAGUAGCAGAUGACUGGUAAGUAGAGCACAUGUAUUCACCAUCAUGUGUCAUUUUACCUUUAUAAAUGUUUAGAGUUGCAAUAUUUUGAUUGCAGUUGAUAUGGAAAAUCAUUAACAAUGUUUUCACCAUUUUAGCAUUCACAUAGAUACAGCUCAGUUGGGGAAUAUGUACUAGUUUAAUGAUCUGACAGUGAAUACAUCUCAUUAAUACAAGAUCCCUGUGAAUACAUCGAUUAUUACAAGAUCCCUGUGAAUACAUCUAAUAAUAUAAGACCCAGUGGCAUGUGCUAAUGUAUUUCAUGACCAAGAAAUUAGCAUCUUUGUUAUUCAGAAAAGUGAUCUCAAUAGGUUUUCUUUAGAAGUGGCACUUCCUGAAUACCAUUUAGGCAAUAGUCCAAGAUGAACAAUUUCUCACAUUAAGGCAUCUUAUCAAUUUUGUUAUUUUUAUUUUUUAUUUUUGAGCAGCUGUAAAUACUAUGUAUUUUCUUAUGUUACAGUAUUGUAAUUUAAUAUUUUCUAUAGCAAAUACUUAGUAUGUGUGUGUGUAUUAAUAUCAUUAAUUCUGUAUAUACUGUACUUGGAUGUGAACGUGUAUUAAUACUGUAACUUCUCAGGAAACAGAAAUGUUUCUCAUAUCUCGUUUCACAGCUUUAAUAAAAUUGUACACAAUAAUUUUUCAUCAGAGAUUCUUAUAAGAGAAUUCUAUAUUUGUAGAUUCCUCGCUUAUAGGCAUUGAACAGUUGUUGUAUUUAUUGUUUAUAAGUUUGAAUUAGUAGUGACAUUAUCUAGACACUGAUAACCUGAGAGAAACUGCAGCUAUAUGAAUAUAGGCUUAUUUAUAAGGAGAGGUAACAAUGAAAUUUUUUGAGACUACGGGACGAGUGAUUAUUUGCUGAAAUUUUUUUAAUGGUAGUAUUAUCAGUAUACAGUAUUUCAGCACUUAUCAGUGUCAUAAAUGGAACAUAACAACUGUACUGUAAUCUUUAUCUUCUGAAUGUAUUUUUAAGUUUGACAUUCAUUAGAAAUAUAAAUAGUAGUGUUCUUCAAAAUUUCCAGAGUAUAUUUAUAAACCAUUAACAAAUUUUUUGAAGUUUUACUUCUUAAGAAAACUUUGAAGGUUGUAAAGAGACAAAGCAUGGAACCAUAAUAAUGUAACAUUUUAAGAGAAAACAAAAGAUAACUACAUUUAUUAAAAUAAAAUUAAUAUCAUUCAGAUGUAAGUACAUGCAAGCUGUUGACUUACUCACCAUAAGUUCUGAUACACACUUCUAAAAUAGAGCAGAAUUAUUCUUGCACAUAUCAAAUUUUACAUUCUUAUAAGAUAUUACAAAAUCUUGAUAAGUAGCAAUUUUUCAGUUAAAAGUUUUGAAAGGGUAAUAUUUUUUCCCCACAGCUCAGAAUGGGUUCCAAUAUAAUGAGCUUAAAUUACAGGAAAUUAUGUGUGAUUUGCUUAACUGGCAUGAUCUUUGUUGUACACUUUUGUUUAGAUCUUUGUGAUGAUUUGAGCAUGCUUCAGUUAAUGUAUUUUGCAAUACCUUACUCUCCUUAAUGUUUAGCCUCUGUAAUUCACAACCUGUUUGUCAGCAAUGUUGCAUUGUCAGUCCUCCUGUGAUUAUUACAUUCCAUUCCUAUUCUUCAGUAUGUCCAUUUUUUAUUCAUAUCUUAUAGUAAGAAGUAUAUUAAAUAAUCUGCAUGUUGAUGUUACUUGAAUACGCUCACAUAGUGUAUAUAUACCAAUAUACAUUAGGAGUGUAUAUACACUUCUUGGAUGUGUAAUUUGCAUGCACAGUACCUUCAAUUAUCAGGGUAGGUUAUCAAGAUAAGUUUGAUUCACAUUUAAAAGUUCUCGUGCAUCUCCUCUCUGAUUUUCAAGAAUGAGAUUUGAAAAUCCAGCUUAAAAUGCCCAAGCUGCCAGAUGUGAAAACAAAGCUUUAGUAUUAGGUCACCAUGUUUAAACAUAAUUCUGGCUUGUGGAUGCAAAUUUAAAAUCUCUUUCAUACCAUUACAGCUCUUAGUAUAAAGUGGAAUGACUGCCCAGAGUAAUUGGUGUAAUGUAUUAAUAUAAGAUAUUUGAGCUAACUCAUAGCUGUGUAAUAUUAUGAGUAAGCUCUUAGUUUUACAUUUGUACAUAAAGAAAUUUUCACCUAGUGUGUGUGUGCUUGGCCUAUUAAUAUGAUGUUGUAUUUCAGUUUUCCAGACAAAUUUUUAGUUAUACCUGUUUUCCUGUAAUUUAGGCUAUGUUCAAUUAAGUCUGUGGUAAUCAUAUCAGUGAUGCCGAUUAAGAUCUCUAAUAUUUCGAAGCUCACAUGAGACAUGCUUCUUAUUCAUUACUGACUUAGUGUCAUCAUUCUAAUUACGUUUUGUGUUCUUAUUUGCAGUAACAAAUGGAAGGUCGGUUAUUAAUCAUAAAUUUGUUUAGGCCUAAUUUUUGUUUUUAAUCAAUUUAGGAUUGUUAGGCAGUUUCACGCAAACACACAGAAUGAUUGGCAGUAACUUUCUUUGACUGUACAUGUUAGUAAUUUUAGAGAUCGUAUCAGUAUAUACACAUGUAAGUUCUAUCAUUAGGUCUAAUUAAAAUAAUUAUUUUGACGCCUGAAAAUGACACAGAUCUCAGUGUACAUGGUUCCCAUUCUUACUGCAAAGUGUUAAAUUACUUCUGUUACUGUCUUAAGUAAGAAUGUAAUGCUCAAAUUGUUAUUAGUUUGCUCAUUUUGGAUGUAUUAGUUCAGCUAGCAUGUAUCAACAUUAUAUAUAUCAUUGCUAUGGAUUCAUGAAGGUAAACCUGUCUUAGCAUUACCGGAAUAUGCAACGCUGAAUUAUAAGGAGAGUCAGUUGCCUAACAAACUAGUUCUGAAUUGUAUAUAGAUGUUGUACUCAAUUUACUGAACCGAAGUUCAAGAAGACAAGUAGGUGCCCACCCCCGUUAUCUUGGCCUGGGCAGUGCCAGCAGUCCUCUUGGCGUUCGUUAGCAAGACAUUGUGAUGGGAGCCAGGACCAAACAAUUUUUUUUUUUUUUUUAAUAUAGUAUAUUCAAAAGAAAGAAGGAAUCUGUAUGCAGAAGCAAAUUGAAUACCAUAUUAAUAUAUAAAGUGAAGAUCGUUAGAUUGACCAAGUACAGGGUAUGUGUAGUCGUUGCCAUGUAUUAAUGUGUGACCAUGAGCUGAAAUCCGUCUUACUCAAAACUAUUUUGUGGUCUCAUAUGACUGCUGUGAGACACCAUUCAGCUAUUGGCAUAAUAUGGGCAACAUUGGUAUUCAAACUGACUCAAAUGAAGAAUCAUCAUCUUCGUUUGAUGAUGACCACAUUGUACUGGAUGAUCAACACAUGAUGAUAAUCGGACUUUGAGAGUUAAAUAUUCCCACAUUUUAUGUGGCAUGUAUUGCUGAAUUAUCAGCUCCCAGUACUAAAACCAUGGAUGAGAUUUUUUAGAUAAACUCUGUUUUAACAUAUAUUACUAGACUUCGAGAAAUAUUUAAAUGACUAGAUGACUGGAGGUAGCAAUAAAGACCUGGCCCUGGGGUAUGUACUCAUAUGCUGCAGGCUUUGAAAUAUUUACCAACGCAUGUAGGGCACUACUUUCCAAUGAUCCCCAACUUAAUAACAUGUUUCUGUAGUCCAGUCAGUAGGAAAAAUUAACUCAGAAAGGGUUAAUUAUACUCCAGCACUUUUUGUGAAUUUGCUAUCAGGGAUAAACAUUAUUAUGCAAUGACUGAAAAAUCAUCUCUUACAAGGCAUAAAAAUAAUAAUAAUAAUAUACACACAAGAAUUACUGUUUUGAAAACUGCAUACACUAGGAUUCACCUUCUCCCCAGAAAAUUAAUGGUCAUGUUAUCGUGGAAAGUUCUUGACUCAAAACGUUCAGCACACAGACACGAUAAAGUGCCUAAAUUACUGGGACCAUCUCAGAGCUCUCAAAAUUUACUCUUUGGAAAGGAGAUGUGAGAGGUAUCACAUAAUAUAUAUAGUAUAUAUGGGAAAUACUGAAUGACCAGAUCCCAAAUUUCCAAAGUAAAAUGACAUACUGGAGCAAAUGAUAUAGUAGAAAAUGCAAACUAGAGCCAAUGAAGAGUAGACUUGCCAUAGGUACAAUCAGAGAAUACUGUAUGCACAUCAGAGGUCCACAGUUGUUCAGUAUCCUCCCAGCAAGUAUAAGAAAUGUUGCUAAAACAAAAGUGGAAGUCUUCAAGAAAAAACUAGACAGUUUUCUGCAAGAGGUGCCAGACCAACCAGGCUGUAAUGGGUAUGUGGGCCUGCUAGCUUUCCCAAGCAACUUCCUAUUGAACCAAGCUCUCACAAGUUAAGCCUGGCCCCAGGCAGGGCUUGGGGAGUGGAAAUACUCCCAGAACCCACUCCAGCCAAGAUCCAUUCCAUUUAAAGAAUGAUAUGAUUGUACUGUAUGAUGAAAAUCAGGCUCAAUAAAGUACAUUGAUUGCUACUAAGAAAUAAAAUUAAAUCUUCUGUGAAAAACAUAUUAAUAUCUAGAGCACUUUGACCUAUAUGAGAUAAAUUUGUGAAUAUUAUGACAAGCAGGCCUCACUCCAAGAAUAUUGCUGGACUCUAGAAAAAUGGCUGUUACUCUAUAUCACAGCAUAGCCUAGCCACCUUAAAAUAACUGACUUAUGAUGAUAAAAUUAUCUCGUAUAGAACUUGGUCUCACUGACUGUGAUAGGACAAAUAAACAAACACUUGUUGAAACUAUGCUAAGUUCCACUUGCCUAUACAGUGGCAGUUUGGUACUGUUGGCUCACGGUGAAACUUCACUACACAGAUGACAAUCUUUGAUCAACAUGGAACUAUUUGAGAAUGUCAGAUAUAAUUAAUGGUCAAAUUAACAACACUGAUAACUGUGUGUCGGCAAAUUACUCUAAUUGAGUCGUGAAAGUCCAUCCCAAAUAUUCAUAAACUUACACAUCUCUAAGGUCCCUCUUGUAAAUCCUUUUCCCUCGUGUUCCACUUUCCUUAUGUUAAUUGAAUUGUGGUCUUUCACAGUUGAGACUAGCAUUGAAGUCCCCCUCUCAACCUCACUUAUUUUUAAUAAAGCCAAAGCCUUCUCACCAUUUGCUGACAGUUAACAGUGACAUGUUCCAUGAGUUUUCGUUCCAUGAGCUCUCGUCUUUCGCCUACUGUUGUGUCCAUAAAAUAAGAAUCUCAGGAGCAUCUCGCAAAGUAUCAGUGUGUGUUACCUUCUCAAUGACUGGGAUGUAAUUAUCAUAAGAAAAGUGCUAACCCAGUAUAGUAUGACUACAUGGUACAUGAAUGGGAUAUAUGAGAGCUUGUCAGCCACGCAGACAGGACACCAGCACUUCAUUUCAUUCCAUAUACAGUAACACUAAAUGGCCAUUUUGUCUUGUAGCAAAAUUAAAAUAUAAAGUUUUAAUAUUUGGAUGGCUUAGUUUUGUACAUUGGAAGUGAAUACUGUAUUAAUAAAUAGCUACAGUAAAUAAAAAUAUUUUAUUGAAUGGGUACAAGAGUAUUUUCAAUUUCAAAUGGUAUAAGUACAUCACCGUAAACUCAAAAGUAACGAUGUGCAAGUAUUUUUAACCAAAAAUGUACAGUUACCAUUUAGUACAGUUUUAGAUGUGCCAAUAUCUUAUACAUGUCAUCCUUAAGUGUCUUAAUAUUAUGUUGGUUUUUGUGCUAAUCCCAUAAGAAAUGUUUAAUAAGUGUAAAUCUUGAAGAACCAAUAACAAAAUUAACUUUUAUGUCAUGUUAGGAUAUAUUUUUCCUGUUAAUGUUGUUGUUUCUUGACAGCGAGUGGCAUGAACUGAAAUGUACUAAAUAUUAAAUGAGACUACAGUAAACCUUGUGGGAGAUAAAAUGUUGUAAAAGCCACUCUUAAAUAAUGAACCUGCAUUCUAUUGAACGUUUGGAUACUUUAUAUGCUGCGUGCAAGUGUGCUAAACACACACACAAUCAUAUAUGACAUGCUCAUGUAUAGAUAAACACUUUACAGGAAAUUCAACAAAUGUUAUUGAAUUGUAAUUCUUGCAUCUGAUUUUGACGUAUAUCUUGAACCUUCUUUCUAGUUGCUGUUAUUUUUGCUAUAAAUUAUUUUAUUUUCUAUUUGGCAGUAUAGUACUGUAGUACUUUCCUUGCUUCUAUAUGGUUUGCCAUAUUGAUGAUUGUAAAUACAGGUAGAACUGCAUUUGACAAAUGAAAUGGCACCAUUACAUAGAUCUUGUAUGUAAACUAUAUAUGUAUGAUGUACCUGUAGGAAAUAUAUUUUCUACCAAAUUUA